AAACAUUCAUAAGCUUGAGAGUUCAUAAAUAUCCAAGACAAUUUCUUUUACAGAAGGAAAGAGAAGCCCUCUUCACAGAUCUUCUCCAAAUGAGACCCUCUUUGUUACUCUCUAUUCUGCUUUUCUCCAUUCUCAUCUCCAAUGUCCAAGGUAUACGCUUCAACAAAGAAUUUCUAUCUGCUUGGAAGAAUAAACUCCAGGAGAGUAGAGAGGCUAAGGCGGGAAGCAAGGGAGAUAUUGAAAUUGAAGAGGCUAUUCAUCACUGCAAAGAUGAGCAUUGUUCUUCUUCUCCAUCAGGAAGCAAUAGAAAACUUAUGGCCAGUGCCAAGUCUAAUCCUACUUCUUCCACCACCAUUUCAAAGAAUGACAAGGGAAAACCAAAGAGUACUACCGAUGGGCUUGGUGGGAAAGAUCAAGAAAGCCUUCCCCUUAACUCGUCGCCGGAUUCCAAGCACCGGAAGGCUGCCACCGAGCACUAUCCGGACAUCUUAGACAUAGCUGGGAUGGACUAUACUCCGGCAAAGAGAAAACCUCCGAUACACAACUGAAUUCUAACUCGUUAAUUAUUUUAUCUAUAAUCUCAUCUCAUCUUUCGAAAAGGAAAAAUUAAACAAGAAGAUAAAAUACAGUUUAGAGAUGAAAAGGGGGAUAGAAUUCAGUUGGACAGCAUUACAGAAAUGCUGCAGUUUUUUAGGGUUUUAGGAAAGAUUUUGUACAUAGUAUAUUCCGUAGUAGGUGUUAAUUUAUUGUUUCAUGGUUGAGUCAUAAGCACUUGGGUGCUUAAUUACUGCAUAGGCUUUGUAACCUCUAUCAUCGUAUAAUAUAUAUAUUAAAUAUAUCCCAAGUACCAUAAUAUAACAUCAGUUUAAUUAAUGCUUCCUGUUUGUCAAGCUUCUAUACAUGUAGUUUUUGUGUACUCGGCCAUGUGUUCUUCAUUAGCUUCUACAUAUACAUGCAUCUUCCCCUGCACAUGAGAUGCAUGUAUUUGCAAGUAACGCAUGAAAUAACAGUCCAUGAACUUAAUGGCCAUCUCAAAAUUAUAUUCGCACAGAAGUUUUGGACAAAAAUAUUAUCAAAUAGCCAACAAGUCACAUACAACCGAAGUGAUCAAGGACAUAACAUUCUGUUUUUUUAAUUUGGUAGGAUCAGCAUGCUGAUCUCAACACCUAAAUGCGACGAUUCAUAUAGAACAGCGCCAUUAAUUUCACUAUUUUUAAAUUUAUGGACCAUAUACGAGUGACCAAUCAAACAAGCUUAGAUACCAAACAUGAACUUAGAAUAUUACCAAUAAAACUACCACUGCCGUGACCCAUCACCAUAUGAUUAACAAUACCUAACCCAAAUGCUAGGAGCAUCUUGAAAUAAGGCUAGAAACAUUACUGUGACAGGAAAAUUCUCCAGUGUUUUUUUAAUUAAGUUGGGGACCAUACACCAUUGAAGAAAGUGCAGUGCAGAUGAGAGAAACUGGAAAAGAAUGGAUUCAUUGAAGGAGGGAUGCCAAAUCAUGUGACUUAAGCCUUUUUGUGUCUUGCUGCACUCAGGAAAUGGGCCCACCAAGGUGUGGGCCCGGGCCCACCAUGUUUCACUUAUUUAAUGCAUGAUAUGAGUAGUCAUUUUUGGAUGUGGGCUCACAUGUCCCCCUGCUGGGUCUAAUGGGUUGUGGCCCAAUGAAAUGAGAAUGUGGUGGGCAGUGAAUAAAUGGCAUGGUGUUGAGAUAUUGUGUCUGCAAUACGUUUGGACCAAUGUGAAGGUGCCGUAAAGUGUGUGGAAAAUAAUAUUGGGGCCUCCAUAAUUGGUAUAGCAGGGAUUAAUAUCAUGUUGUUGGGAAUGUACAAUGAGUGCAAAAUUGAUUCUUUUGUUGUUUUCUGAGUUCCAAACGGUCAAGGAAACAUACAAUAGCUAGAAAAUAUUUCUUGUAUAUAAAGUAAUAAAUGAUUAAGGUAUAUAUUACUGUAGUGGUUACCGGUGUUUGAUACUAAGUCAUUAGUGUUAGGGUGUUUAUUGGAUAGAUUUAGGACACAGAUAUAGGGAUGAUAAUUUUAUUUGAUCUAUGGGGUUUUGACAAAUCUAAUAUAUUUGAAGUGGGUAUAAAUUUAAAAUUAUGUCCAAUCAAAUAGGUAUGAAUGAAUAAAAAAUCCACACAUACAUAGGUUAGGCCUUUUUUAUUUUAAUUUAAAUUCAAAAAAUGCCAGUAUUAGAUAAACAACUGCAGCUGAUUUAUUGUCAUAAUAUAUAUAAUAAUAACCCACCAAAGACCACAAGUACUACAU